AUGUGGAUACUUAGAGAACAUCGAGUUAUAUUUCAUAGUCUUAAAUUUAUUCAAAUUAUUCUAACAACGAUAGUUCUCACAUUAGAACUUGUUCAGUAUGCAGUAUUUGUUAAUAUAAGUCCGGAUUCACCCGAUUAUGUUGCUGCAAAUUUGUUUAGAAAUGGAGAAUCAGUUAAAAUAUGGGUUUUUGUUGUAUUCUCUCUCACUCUAGCAGCUCUCGGAAUGUAUGUUUAUCAUUUUAAGAAAAUCUGGAAUAAAGGACCUUAUCUUUUCCUUGACUUUUUGUUGGCUGUUUUAUGGUUUACUUCUGCCAUUGCAAAUUUGGAUCCCUUUCAACGCUACCCAAUAUUAACUUGUUCAUCCGCAAAAUCAACUUCAUUAACAUCAAUAUGCAAUAUGUGGGCAACGAGCAUGGUAUUUUGUUGGUUAAACAUGUUAAUUUUUAUUGUAUCUGCAUUUAUGUCAUGGCGUGUUAAACAAGAAAAGCGUAAAGGGAUCUAUUCUUUCCAUAAACCUACUGUUGCGCCCGAAAUAAAAAAAAGAACAAGUCUCAGGCAAUCUGUUUUACUGAAAAAAGGUCUUGAAAAUCCCGAACAAUCCCAACCUGUGAUGUUGGAAUCCGGGAUUAAACCUUUAAUGUUGGUUCAAAUUGGGAAAUAUAAUACACUUACACGUCUUAGUGGUGUAAGUGGUGUAAUGAUCGUACGUGGCAAGAAAAUCAAAUUAAAUUUAGCUCCGAGCUUUAAUUGGUGGUGGCACUUAGAAGGCCUAAAAUGUAUUCAGCUGUUAUUGACAAUUCUUGUGGUGGCUUUCGAGAUAACGCAAUACGUUUCUUAUGGUAAAAAUUACAUCUUGCCCGGUCAACACAAUGAUUGGUUUGACGAUGCACAGGAAGAAGGAGAUUCCAGCGGCAAACCCAAAAUUUGGUUGCUCGUUGUAUGCAGUUUGACGAUUCCAAGUCUUGAUUUGUCGAACCUUGAUCCAAUUUACAGGGGAACAAAUGAAUUGAAUUGUAGAUCACCUUCUUUAAGAGGAGGACAACCGAUGCGAUUCGUUUGUGGUAUAUGGGUUACAAGUUUAAUUUUUGGAUGGUUCAUAUUUGGUACAUAUAUGUUAACAACAUUUAUAAAUUGGCAAUUAUCAAAAGAAAUUAAGGAAAAAGUUCAAUGGAUUGGAAGUAGUUCAUCAAAUUCAUUUAAUAAUAAUAAAGAUAAUAGAAAAUCUUUGGUAUUAUCACCACCCGUUCUUAAUGUACAAAAUUAUAAUAAUGAUUUCUCCGAUGAAUUAGAAAAAGGUGGGGUACCUGAAUUGUUAUUACAAAGCGGUUUGCCCGCUGAUAAACGAAUGUCUCUUAAGAUCGUUUUACCUCAAUGUACUCAAAGUUUUGAUGAUGAUGAAUCUCCUCCGAUACAGCAAAAUCAUGAUAAGAAUGGUUUAACCAUUCCCCCAAUUCAGGUUAAUGCUUCCACAUUAACCUUACCUGAUAUUAAACAAUACGAAACUUUUAAUCCGAACUUUUUAAUCCUACCUUUGAAGGAAUCAUCAGAGGUUUCUUCUUUACAAGAGGUUCCUCUUUAA